AUGGUUGCGUAUGCCUAUGAUAACCAGCUACUUAUCUACGUUUUCCAAGAUAGUUUGGCUGGGGUAGCUUUAAACUGUUAUACCCAUUUAGAGCCGUCUCGAAUCCGUUGUUGGGCGGAUCUGGCUAACGCCUUUGUGAAACAAUACGUAUACAACACACAUGUUGCACCGGACCGUCUGCAAUUGCAAAAUAUGGGGAAGAAAGAUAAUGAAACUUUCAAGGAAUAUGCUCAACGAUGGAGGGAGCUAGCUGCGCAGGUUGAGUCGCCUCUGUACGACAAGGAAAUGGUGGCAAUGUUUGUAAACACGCUCCAAUCACCGUUUUAUGAACACAUGGUCGGGAAUGUGUCCUCCAAUUUCGCCAAUAUCGUCAUAAUAGGCGAAAGAAUAGAAAUUGGGUUGAAGAAUGGGAAGAUUGCAGGUGGCUCGUCUGCGGUAGAAAACUCUAAAAAGCCAAGUUUCAAUCCAGGAAAGAAGAAAGAAGGAGAUGUGCAUGUAACAUCGACAAUGCCUGUAUGGAGAAGUCAAGCUCCUAUUCAAAAUUAUAGACCAUACCUGGGCCAACCUCCAUAUGCAGCCAAUGCGGCUUUUGCUCAUCCAAUUAGGCCUCAACAACAACAAGGAUUUUAUCAACCGCAACCUAUCACAAACAACGCUUGGAGGACUGGGACGAGCGCGAAUCCAAAUCCGAAUGCGGGUCAAGGCACUUACCCGAGAAAAACCCAAGAAAGAAACUUUGUUCACUUCACCCCCAUCCCUACAACUUACACGGAAUUCUUACCUCACCUCGUCAAAAGGGGUCUGGUUGCUAUAUGUCCGAUGAUGCCUAUGCAGCCUCCAUACCCCAGGGGUUAUGAUACCGAUGCCAAGUGUAGUUAUCACGGGGGAGGCGUGGGUCACUCGACUGAGAGGUGUAUGGCCUUCAAACAUAAAGUGCAGGCCCUAAUCGACGCUGGGUGGCUAAAGUUUCAAGAAGAUAAGCCUAGCAUCGAGGAUAACCCAUUGUCCGGGCAUGGGAGUACCUUGACGAAUGCCAUCGAGGCCGAAAAACAUGAGUUUAUAAGAAAUGUGAGUGAAAUCCAGAGUUCUAGGAGGUUUAUUUUUGAGGCGUUGUUAAAAGUGGGCCUAGUGAAAGGUGAUUAUGAUAUGGGUAGAUCAUGUGCACUUCAUCCAGAAGCUGAGCACUCUAUUGAAGAGUGUGUUGAAUUAGAAGAUAUUCUACAAGACCUGCUUGCCAGAAUUUUGAUGCAAGUAUGCUGCGAGGAUAAAGAGGAGGAAGUGUUUGCACAAACUGGUGGGGAAUCUGAUGUAACUCUGCCGGAACCGUUGGUGAUCCAUUUCACUAGAACCACCCCUGCACCGGUGACUGAAGGAAAAUCGUCUGUUGUUAUCUCUGUGCCAUCCCCCUUUCCUUACAAAAAUGAGAAAGUUGUCCCUUGGAGAUAUGGGGCAUUUGCGUUAGAAGAAGGAAAAGGUGCAGACCCAGCCAUUGAAAACAUAUCGGGCAUUGGGGGAAUGACGAGAAGUGGUCGAAUCUUUACACCACUAGAGCUGACAAGAGAAGGAGCCAACAAUAAGAAAGUACCAAUGGCCACAAAAUCUAAGGAGUUCUUGAAAGGGGAAGGGUGUACAAGCAAAAGAGACCCCUGA